UGCAAAGAAUAAUUGAUGUCGAGGGGAUCAUUGACUUAAAUAAGCUCAUACCAAAAGGCAGGGACAUAGUUUAGUUUCUGUUUUGUGUUUUGCAGCAGCAGCAGCCAUCUCUUCUGCAUUAUAAUGAAUCAAACUUUGGGUUUCCUGGUGGUGAUACCCGAUGUUUGCCCUAAUUAAGGGAAUUGGCAGCCCAUUGAAUCUCAGGCAUUUACUGUAAGGCCCACCUUCUCAAAGUCACUCUGAUUGCAGUUCAGCUGCAGCUCACCAACAACCUAACUUUAAUGUGCAUUAAAUUAAAGUAUUUAUUGAGUGUUUUCAAGAUUUCAUAUAAUUACCUAAUGCUCUUUAAACUGACCUGUUUAGUUGAUCUGCUUUUGAACAAACAACAACUCUACUGAUUUCUCCCAUCCUUUAAUCCCAGGUGCCUUCUUGUUCUUCUGUCCUCAUGCAUCGCGUCUUUGUUUACGGCUCCCUAAAGAGAGCGCAGCCAAACUACCCUUACAUGACAGACAGCAAUAAUGGAAAGGCGGAGCUCCUCGCCACAGCUACAACCGUCCAGAAGUACCCACUGGUGAUCGCUACUCAGUACAACCUCCCUUUCCUCCUUAACCUCCCAGGACAAGGCCACAGAGUCCAUGGAGAGCUCUACAGAGUGGACGAAAAGAUGCUGAAAUACCUGGACUGGUUCGAGAAGGUCCCCACCAUGUACCAGCGGACUGUAGUAGAGCUGGAAAUCAACGAGUUGGCGGACGUGGCGGACAACGAACUAUCAACUGGAAACAUCACUGAGGCGUUUGUGUACAGCACCACCACCUACCAGCCGGACUGGCCCUCGCUGCCGGCGUACCAGAGCUACGACUCAAACGGAGACCAUGGCUUGAAGUUUGUCCUGAGGGAGGACCGACACUAGGCCUCAGUGGAGUGAUGACGAUUUCUACCAGCAUGGGAAUAAAAACAC